AUGACUGAGUCAGGAACGGUGGCUACGUCACUGGCGUUUGCAAAGAACCCAUUUAAAACCAAGUCUGGUGCGUGUGGGACUGUGAUCAGGAACGCCGAGAUGAAAGUGGUCGAUACCAUUACCGGAGUCUCCUUACCGCGUAACAAACCUGGCGAAAUCUGUAUCCGAGGCGAUCAACUCAUGAAAGGUUAUUUGAAUGAUCCGGAAGCUACUGCGCAAACCAUAGAUAAAGAUGGAUGGUUACACACAGGAGAUAUUGGGUUUGUGGAUGAUGAUGAUGAGAUUUUCAUUGUUGAUCGUUUGAAGGAACUGAUCAAAUUCAAAGGCUAUCAAGUGGCUCCAGCUGAGCUUGAAGCAUUGCUUAUUUCUCAUCCUUUUAUCGAUGAUGCUGCCGUUGUCGCAAUGAAGGAUGAAGUAGCUGAUGAGGUUCCGGUAGCGUUUGUUGUAAGAUCGGAGGGGUCUCAGCUAAGUGAAGAUGAUGUCAAGAGUUAUGUCAACAAACAGGUGGUUCACUACAAGCGAAUCAAGAUGGUGUUUUUCAUAGAAGCCAUACCUAAAGCAGUUUCAGGCAAGAUUUUGAGGAAGGAACUCAGAGCUAAAUUAGAAACCGAGUACCUUAAAUAG